AUGAGCAAAAAACGUCAAAAAAAGAAAAAAUCCAAGGGAAAAAAAAAGGAAAACAAUUCCUCAUUUAAUGCAUAUGACCAAAACGACGAUUUGCUUAAUGAGGGAGAACCAAAUAGAAGAAUCGGAUAUAACACAAACGGUCAUAAUGACAACAAUUCGAAUACGAAAAAUGAUCAGAUUAGUGAAGAUGAGAAAAAAGGAGAAAAAAAUUUAAAUGAAAAUGUCAAAACGGUAUACCACACUAACCAAUUUGUAGUGAAUGAAAAGGAAAAUAAGAAUAACACAGAAACUUGUAAUAUUAAAAAGGAACGUUUCGAAAAUGUCACAUAUGUGGGGAGAUUUAUAAAUGGGUUGAAUUCAGAUUCUAUGAAUGAUAAAACAAAUAACAUGAGUGAUAAUAUAAGCGGCAAGACAGAUGAAGAAAAUCCAAGGCAAAAAAAAAACGUGCCCAUGGUAAGCAUUACAAAGAAAGUAAGAAAGGAGGAAAAUAAGAAGCUCAUAUUGAAUAGUGACGAUAUUAACGAUUUACUAAUGCUUAGUGGUGAACAAUGUAUAGAAGAAAAAACAAGUAUUCUAUUUCCACAUAUUGAUAUUGAUCCCAAGUCUUAUAUGUUUAUGGAAAAAGAAGACAGCAAAAACGAAUUUGUAAAUGAUAUAAGCAAAGAAAUAGACAAAAUUAAAAACAAAUUUAACGGUAUUUAUUUUGCAUCGACUGCAAACAAUCACAGGAACAAUUUUAACACUGAUUAUUCGAAUAAGAAUGGUAGAAAAAGUAUAAGGAAGAAUAUAAAAAAAAACAAAGAAGUGCAAUAUAUUGAUAUAAGCAAGAAAAGAAUUAGUGCCAACAAUAAUAAGAAUAACAGUUAUAAGAACUGUAACAAUUAUAUGAAUCAUAAUUGUAAUGUGUACCCAAAAAAUAUAUUUUUUGAAAAAGAAAAGUACAUUUUUUAUGAUGUAUUGAUUAAGGGGCAUAUGUUUCUAAGCCUAAAAAGGAAAAUAAAAAAAAAAAAAAAAAAAAAAAAAAUUAAAAUCAGAACCAAAAAUUACAAAAUAAUUUCCGACUUGUGUGAAAUGAGAAAGGAAGAAGGAACACAACUGAUCAAGGAGAAGAAAGACAAGAAAAACAGGAGGGAAAAAUACUACGUAUUUAAUUACAACUGUGGUAAUACGAAAAUUCAGUCCAUCACGGGAUAUAUUCGCUGUUUCAAGGAUUACUACUUUUACAGGGAAAAUAGUAGUAAUGCAAUGGUUGAAACUGGUAAAAAUAGUAGCCACCUCAGUAGUCAUCCUAGUAGUUUUAAUGGUAGUCAUUCCGGAAGUUACAAUAAUUAUAAUUUGAAUAAAGGGUUGAACAAGGGUAAACAAAUGCUGUGUGAAGUGGUCAUAUCCGUUUUACUGUGCGUAAACGUAUCAAACUGUUUGUCCCCCUCAGAAUUUUUAGAGUUGCUAUACCCAUUGGACAAUUUCAUAUUUUUUUUAAAAGUUUUAAACAAGAAAAGCAAUGAAGAGUAUAUGAUAUAUUUUUUAACCUUUAAUGUGUAUGCAAAGAAAAUAAUGAAAAAGAUGAAAACGGUUACUUUCUUUAAUAUGAAAAGAAAAAAAAGAUUAAAAGUGUAUAUCGUGAAAGAUAUCACUAUGAAUGUUACUUCCAGAAUAAAGAAGAAUACUCAACGUAUGAUCAUAGAGGAAAACGCAUUUUUUGAAGAAAAAAAAAAGAAGGUUCCUCAUUUUUGCAUGCAGAAAGAAGAAUCAGAAUUACAUAUCACAAAUGAGAAAAUUAGAAAACCAUGGAGAAGAAAAUUUAUUAAUGCGCUUUGUCUCAUUUCACAAAAUAAAUUUCAGCUUUCUUGUGCAGUUUGCUUGGAACCAUUGUAUUCGGAUUAUCUAAGCAAAAUAAUUUCACACAUUUUCAAUUUUAAUUUUGAAAAUCAAAAGAAAAGGAGUACUACUAGCAUAAAGUAUUCUCCCAUGCCCAGCAAGAAUAGUAGAAACGACAUGCUCAUUAAGGACUGCAGCGAUAGUUAUGCUAAAAUCAAUAAGAUACAGAAUGGAGUGGUAAAGGGUAGCAACGCCUAUAGUGGGAAUGUCAAUAGCAGCAGUAGAAAGAGGAAAUGCACUGACGUAGGUCCUUUGCGAAAGGAUUCCUUACCCCAGGAAAAGACGAUUGCAAAGAAUAAGGAAAUCGUUCCAUUAUAUGACGAUAUAUAUUACGAUAAGAAUAAACCAAAUGAUAAGUUAUGUAGGAAGAAAGACUAUAGUAGUAGUGAUAAUAGCAGCAAGGGUAAUGGUAAUAUUUCUUGUAAGGGAGAAUGCCAUUACGGAGGUAAAACAUUCAACAGUAACAUGAAAGACAGUCAUUGUUGCUUGAAGACGAUGGAUAGUUACACUAGUUGUGAUUGUAAUUAUCAUUUUUCCACUGUUCGCUUUGUUAACAGCAUGCUCAAAAGGCAUAAUAAUGAAGUUAAAAAAAAAAGAAAAAAGAAUAGGAAACCAAUUUUUAGUAAUGUUUGUAUAAAUAUCUUAUGCAAUCACAUAUUUCAUUCUAACUGUUUGAAAAAAUGUUGCUUUACAUCGUGUCCCAUAUGUAGGUAUAAGCAAUAUAAUUAUCAGAUAGCCAAUUGUGAUAUAUGUGAAAAAAAUCAGAAUUCGAAAAUUUGUUUAUUUUGUGGUUUUAUUGGAUGUUCUGUUAAUUAUGACAGAUUAGAUAAAUUAAAAGAACAAAUGAUAAAAGAAAAAAAAAGACUUUUGAGAAAAAAAAAACAUAUUACAAUAAUUAUUAAGUACAUUUUUUUUCGAAUUAUCAAUUUCUUUAUAAAAAAAGAUAAUUAUAUUAUCGUAUCUCCUUUCGGGGCUAUAAAUUCCGACCAGGCGUGGCAUUAUUAUUAUAUUUCAAUGGGAGAGGAAAAAAAAAGAAAAACAUAUUUUAAUGACUCAUUGGAAGUGAAAAAAAAUGAAAAAAAGUACAUGGAGAAUGAUAUCACCCAGAUAGAUGUAAAUAAAUACGAUAAAAUUUCCAAAACUCAAUUUGUGGAUAGUUACUCCAUGGAACAUGUCGAAGGAGUUUCAUAUGAAGUGGGAAAGGUAAAUGAAUUUUCAUGCUUUACAACCAACACAGCACAAAAAAAUGAAACCGAUCCAAUAUUGAGAACACAAAAUGGAAGGGAUAAAGACAUAAAUUCCUUAUUAUACGUGAGUAUAGAAAACAAAAUGGUUGAUAAAAUGUCGGAUCCUUGCACCAAAGACUUCAUUUACAUACAGAAACGUGGGAUAAAAGAAAAUAUGUCAAAAAUGGUGAAAUAUUGUUCACUCAAUUUUUUACACACAUUUAGAAAAAUGAUAGGAAUAGGCAACAAUAAAGAAAAGAAAAUGAAGGAAAAAAAAAUCAAUCAAAUAAAAACUCAACAUAAAAAUUUCCAUAAGAACAAAAGAAGCGAAAGUAGAAUCAAUGAUGGAUGCACAAAAAGAAGUAGAAACAAAGCAAGUAGACCUUGGGCACAUGGUAGAAAAACAAAAAACAGUAGUAACAAAGUCGAGAACAAAAGAAGGAAAAGGAAAAGGAAAGCGGAAGGAUAUUCAUUCAAUAAAUACAACCUUGUAAGAAGUGACAGAUACACGUGUAAACAUUCAUUUGAAAAAAGAGGGGAGGAAAAAAAACUUAUUGACCAUGCAAAAGACCAUUUCUGUGAAACUAUGCACAAUUAUUUUUUUGAUAUUUCAAAAAAUUCCGUAUUCGAUUAUAGCAGUAAUGUGUACAUAAAAAAAUUAAUAAAUUUAAAAAACGAAAAAAAAAAAUUUAAAAAAAUGUACACAGGAAAUAUCCACAUGAAUGAAAAGGAAGAAAUAAUUGAAAAAAAAAAUAUAAUCAUGUAUAUAUACGAAUUUAAUCAACUAUUAAGUGCAUUAUUGGAAAGCCAGAGAGAUCAUUUCUUAUCAUAUAUUUACGAAUUAAAAUUAAAUUAUGAAAAUAUUCACAAAGACAAUUCUAGUGAAGCCAGCAAAUGUUUUAGUGAAAUAAAAAUCUUACAGGAAAAAAAUCAACAUUUGAAAGUAGAAAUAAAAAAAAAAAUUAAUAUUUUUCAUGACAAGGCUAAGACAAACGCCGAACUCCUUCAGCAACUUAGAAAUGUGGAAAUUAUAAAUGAAAAAUUAUGUGAAAGUCAGAAGAAAAAAAUGUACGAUCAUGAAGCUAAGGUUGAAGAAAAAAAAAAAAUCAUACAGGAAAAACAACAAAUUAUACGCGACUUAAACCAGCAGAUUACGGACCUAUCUUUUCACAAACAGGCAAUCACAAAAUUUUCGCAAAAUGCUGACGUAACGAAUUCAUCCUUUAUGAUAGGGGAAAAAAUGACACAAAAGGGAAGGUUCAAAAAACGGUAA